GCAAAUUGCAAUAGAAUUUUCACAAACGCAAACAGCUCUAUUGAAGUAUUAUUUUAGGAACUAUAGCAUUAAAUGUUUUAAUACGCGCUCCUUUCACAGGUCAAGCUGCUUACGAUGAGCCCUACUGCUCAUAAAUCAAAUCGCAUGGUGUGGUCGCCAUGGGAGGAGGAUCACUUUAUGAAUCUUUGGAUGGCGGCUCUGCCAGGUUUGCAAAGUGGUAGAAAGCUUACGCACGUCUACAAAGAAAUGGCCGAGGCCCUAAAACAGUUUGGCAUCCAUGUCGAUGUAUUAAAAAUUAAAGCAAAAAUGGAAGGAAACAAGCGCAAAUUUAAGUUUGAACAUGAGAACUUUGGUUCAUCAUCGCGUUGGAAGUAUUACUCCAAGAUGGUUAAAAUUCUCAGUUCCUUAGAGAAAUUGUCAUCGAGAGGUUUUGAGCCUCAGGACCAUUACUCAGACUCAAGCUUUACUCCGCACUUCGAUGAAGAUUGCGCUACUCUUUCGUUUGACGAUGACGACAUCUCAGAUGCACCGGAUAAAAAUGAAGAUAUUUACAUUAAAGAUUCGCAAAUGAGUCCACCACCUGUUACCAAAAGAAGAAAAACGUGUGCGAGUGAGACGGGAAAAGAACUAGACUUUAAAAUGGGAAAACGGAAAUGUUGGUCUCCUAAAGAAGAAAUGAUUUUUCUGGAAUUGUGGGAGAAAAAUAUUCAAGAGUUGCGCAGUGAAAGAGUAAACAUGGAUGUUUAUAAGGAAAUGGCAUUGGAACUUUUUUCUCAUGGAAUAGAAAUCGAUCCCGGUAAAAUAAAGGCGAAAAUAGAAUCUACCAAACGCAAAUUCAGAAAAAUUCGAGACACUGAAGGCCCAGAAUCAAACUGGGUUCAUUACGAAAAGUUAGUUAAGAUUCUUGGGCCUUUAGAGUCAACGAAACAAGAGCCAUUUCCUGAUUGCACCUCAAGCUCAAGUUCAAAUGCAUCAAUGAGCUCAAUUUACUUUGAUGAGAGCAAUGCUGUGAUGUUUGAACCAGAAGACGAAAACGUGCAAGUUAAGGCUUCCGAAAACGAUCUAGUGAGUUCAACCGAAGAAAUCAUUGAAGUACCGCCUCCCAUGAAAUCAAACAUUUUCGUAAGAGGAGAAGAGCUCCUGAAAGAAACACACGUUUAUAACGAUCGACCGCCCAGGGAGUCCUUUGAUAUAAAAUGUGCCAGCCAAAAAUCAUUUGGUGAACUUGUCACCAAUGAAAUUAAAAUGCUCGACCAGGAUUUACUAAUCGAAACAAAGCGGAAAAUAUAUAAUAUCAUAUGCGAUAUGCAGGUUAAACAGUUUGAGCGCUUUAGUAAACCCAAAUAA